AUGCGGCGCCCAGCAGCUCUAUCAUGCGUCGCACCCGCAGUGGGCGAGCCGACCGCCGCUCGAACUGGCGCCGAGUGGCUCCCAGAUCGAGCGUGGCAGGCUCAGUCACACCGUCGCGGGGCGAACGCGAACCGAGCCGUCGCCGUUCGCCGCAGCCGCCGGCCGCCAGCCGUCAGCCGUACAGCCGUACAGCCGUCAGCCGUCAGCUCGCAGUCGCCGUCGCUGCCGCCGCCGCAGCAGCAGAGAGCGAGCUCCUGCGUCGU